AUGUCGUUUGAAUGGUGUGUUAAAGAAGCCUAUGUUUUACUCUGCAAAGCAAAACUUCCUAGCCGUCUUAAUGAACUGUUGAGAGAGAAUAGGGAAGGGAAUGAGCACGAGUUGAUGCUGGCAUGUGUAAUUUUGGGGGGACCCUUUUCAUGUGUGAACGCCUCUGCGCCGAGUUCCCCCUAUGAGACAAAUUUUGCAGCUACUUGCCAGCUGUUACUUGCAAAACAAUCAAUGGAUCUUCUGUAUGAAGCUGAAGCAGCAUUACACCCCCUAACGAGUCCUUUGCAGAGGUUCCAAAUGGGGCUGCUGGCCAUUACCUUCUCGGCCUUAUUUACAAAUUUCUAUUUACUUUUUCCUUCUCCAGUGCAUUAUCUUUACAUGAGGUCACCUGUGUUGAAUCCGGUGCAGAUUAGUGGCAACGAGAACUCGUACCAGAAGGGGGGAGGACUCCUCAAGGGCAAACAAUAUUUGAUCGCAGUUUUGAUAAAUAUGAUGGUGAAGGCAAGAUUAGAAGUGCUCGGAAGAUCAUUUUGGUUCCUGUGGUGA